AUGGAUGAAGUAGUGGAAUUGCCUGCAACUGAGAAAACAGUUGAAGAAGUACCAAAACCAAAGAACCUGUGGGUUUUAGAAGAAAACAAAGGAGAAUCUAGAGCAAGCUUCCGAGGUCCAUUGGAAUCAGUUGCAUGUGAUUGUGUCGAUUAUUGUAAAAGUAAUGACAUUACAAAUCAUGUAGAAAUCUUACGUUAUGUUAUGUCCAAAGUUGUAUUGUUACUGGCAGGCCAUUGGAUGUACAAGAUGUCACUGUCAGCUUAGAAGGUGAAACUUCCUACAUCUUAAUUAAUAGAUACGAUGUUUUAAAAACUGCACUUGAAGAAGUAAAAUCCAUUGAGAAUCCAAGAGUAACACUUGAAGUGUCUUUUGAUAAUGAGACUGCUCAGGAUAAUGGUGGACCCCGCAGGGAAUUUUUCCGCAUUUGCUUAAAUGAAAUCAAGACUACAUAUUUUGAUAAUGGCCUCAAAGCACAUCUUGCGGACGACUAUACCAUUGUUGGGUUGAUAAUGGCCCUCAGCACCUUGCAGAACGGAGCUAUUCCAAGGUUUCUAAAUGAGGAAGAUCUCCAGGCACUGUUUUCACCAAAGACGCCCACCAAUCUGUGCAUUGCAAAGCUUCAGAAUGGUUUUGACAUGCUUGGUCUUUGUCAAAUAGGACAUUGUUUACCAACAUUCCAAAAUUUGUUCAGAGCUGCCCCUGCUGCUUCAUUGACAAGAAGAAAAUUGACUGAAGUCGACUCUAAUGCAUACCGCCGUGAAAAUGAAAUCUACGCAUUAUUUGCCAAGUAUACCAGAAAAGCCGCAAGUGGACAACGAGGAUCAGUAACCCUGGAACAUAUCCUUCAGUUUGCAACUUGUAGUGACGAAGAACCACUUCUUGGUUUUGCUGUACACCCUUGCAUCGAGUUUGUGGAUGCAUCAUUUGAAAGCAAUUCUU